GAAUUCGAUCGCUAGCAACUGGCUGCUAUAACAUCUUGAGAGAAAAUUUCCUCUUCCUGUUCGUUGAAUUGGUACAGAUUUCACCGAGCUUAUUGCAGAAUACGACACCCUUAAAGCUAGAACUAUUGAAUUUAUUUCGUUUGAUCUUCUUGUUCUAGUAUCUGAAUGAAGUAACCUUUUCGAAUGCAGCAGCGGGAAUUAGAGUACCAUUCGACAGUUCGUAGAAAUAUUUAGAAUGAGGCUUUAACAGAGACCAGCUCGUAGUCGACGAGAAAUUAAGAACUGUGACCAUGGCAUGCUCAUGUGCAUCUGCAUGUUCCCACCAAACACAUUCUCUACAAAACAUGCUGGGCUCAUCACCAGCAGUCUCUGUGUCUGAAGUUUCCGUUCUUGACAAAAUUGAAAUAGAGAGACCAUUGACCAGGGAAGCUAGAAACAUGGGUAUUGACCCACCUCCAGCUCAAGAGAAGACGGUUAUUGAAUUGAACCUUAUACGUGAAAUAAGCGAUGAGUUUGGGUCUUGUUGGAGAGAGCUGGGACGAUUUCUGCUUAAAAAGGAGUGUUCAGUUGAGAACAUAGCUGCUGAUUAUAACAAAGUCAGUGAAAAAGCCUAUCAAGUUCUUCUCCUGUGGAGGCGAGAACAAGGAUGUAAUGCAACCAUCAUGAGACUAUUUAGCGCACUCUUGAACAUCGGAAAAGACAAUGUUGCACAGAGGCUGCUGGCUUACCUACCAUCAGACUUGGCUAAGAGAUUGUCAGAGAAGAUGCUAGGGUUUGUCAAGUCUUCAAGAAAUAUCAAAUGUGCAACUUGGCCCAGCAUUACUCUGAACAUUCCUGAGCCGCUGAGAGAUUUGAAAGUAAAUCAAGAAAUGAAGUGCAAUGAUAUCAGCCAGAUUUAUUUGUGCCAGAGCUGCAACUCUAAGCGGAAAUACCUUCUUUGUCAAGAAACCUCACCUGAUGGCACUUGCUAUUGGGCUGCAAGAGAGAGUAUUAGUAUUACGGAGCUCUAUCGCAGUAAGAAAAACCUGAGAAAACUUGAUGUACUUCUAAAAGACCUGAAGCUUAUGCAAGAAACCAUCGCAACCCUGAUUGAUGUCAUAGGAACUUUACGAGGACACCUUAAAAAUCGUGAUAUCAGUUUUUGUCCAGACACCUUCAACUGCUCUGAAUGCGAGAAAACACAAAUUAAACAAGACCUUAUUCUGAAAGAGCUCGAACUUUUGAACUAUGAACUUGUAAAGAUGCAGGGGGCUGAACAGAAAGUGCCUAUCUCAGGAAUUCCUACAGAAAGAAUUUAUAACCUUGCUGAGCGAGCUUAUAAUGUCUGUGAGGAACACAAAAAGAUGCACGAGAAGAGGAAGGAGUUGAGGAGACGGUACAGCCACGCAGUGCUGGAUACCGUGGAAGAGAAGGAAGAGGGAAAGGGCUUGUCGACCAAGAAGACGCUAGCUAGACGCUGUAGUCAGGAAGUGUUGGACGCCUCUGACACCGAGUCUGAAGAUGAUCUUACAAAGGAUAUAGAAGGACCCUUAAAGUGCAUUCUCAAUGUGCUGCUUAAAUUUGGAAGAAGACGCUCGGUUACGCAGUCCAUGAAACAACGAAAACAGAAGAAAACCAAGAAAGUACAGCGUAACGAAUCGGAUAAGUCGCAGUCGCGUUGGUAUGUCCCCUCCAUCCGGGACAACUAUCUGGAGGCAGUGGAGGCCCAGUCCCUUCUCACAACCUGGCCGCCGCGGGAAGAAUGGAGACUACCUGAAUUAGAGAGGUUGAACAGUGUGAGCCAUCCAAGCAGUGAUCCGUCCGCACCACAGGUUUCCCGUAAAUCUGGAAUAGAAACCACCAAGAUAGAUCAGCUGCCAGGAAAUGCUUCCUUCAGAAACCACGCCCGCUCUAGUACCUUUCCGUCUCGCCUUUGUACACAGAGCUCCUCACCCCCCCUGCAGUUACUCGAUGACCCGGGUGACAAAUGGGGCUCUUUUGGAAGCAUUCGGGAGAUUCCGGGAGAAGCAAGUCCUGUCGGAGCGCAAAGUCUCCCGUCCGUUCAUCGCGAUUUUUCACAAGCUGGACGUGACGAGCGUGACAGAUGUCACUCGUUGCGUGACCACGACGAGCGUGACAGAUAUCACUCGUUGCGUGACCAGGACAAGCGUGACAUAUGUCACUCGUUGCGUGACCGCGACGAGCGUGACAGAUGUCACUCGUUGUCUCUUGAUAGCGAGUUGACAGAUAGCGGUGACGUCACGCCCAGUUUACGUAGCGCUUACAGUGAAGAGACACUGGAUAGGGACUUCAGACUCCUGGCCGAGCCAUGCCGCUCUACCCACGGGACUAGGGCGAGAUCACCGCAGGACAACCUACGGUGGAAUCAGGAUAUCGACUUAUCGGAUAUCAUUUGUGUGUGAUCCUAACGCCUCUGGCCCGUCACUCCUCGGCAGAUAGUUUAAGGCGCCAGCAAUCUCGAGACUCCGCUGAGCACCACGUUUAAAUUUUUCGACAUAUUAGUCUUUUAAAUUCUUAGAUGAAAAAUCCAUCAAAUGCAUGCUUUUUAACCUCUAUUAGUAUAAAUACUGUAGAAACUUGUAAUUAUAUUACAUGAGCCAUUCUUUUAAUAUUUUUUAUAUUUUUAUUUAGCAAAUUGAUUAUUUGCAGUAACCGGGGAUGAGGAAGUAUUUUAGAAAGAGAACUUUAUUGCGUGAUCAUUUUAGUGACCCCUAUACUGUAAUACCAAGGUCAAUCUUGAUUGAGUUUGAGAUUGAGCGAGUUUCAAAUUAUUUUAAACGAUUAAAAUUGUGGCUUUUUAUUAGAGAUGCGUCACCUUGAGAAUGGUAGACGUUUUUAUGUACCUACUUUUAUGUGUCUAAUUUUUGCUGCUGCUGUCAUGUACAAUAAAUAUCCAUUUUAUUGUU